AUGUGUCGUGGAACAAUGUGGAAUAGACUGCCCGUGUGGCAGGUUCUGCUAUGGUGGCAUCAUUUCAUUCUCUUGUGGAGUACAAUAGACGGACAGACUCGCUACACCAUCCCGGAGGAACUGAAACAUGGCUCUGUGGUAGGAAAUCUAGCCAAAGAUCUGGUUUUGGGACUAUCUGAGAUUUAUCGUCGUAAAUUACGAAUAACCUCGGAAGCUGGUCAGCAGUAUUUCAGUGUGGAUCUGGGGAAAGGAGAGCUGGUCGUCAGUGAAAGGAUAGACAGAGAGGAACUGUGUGGACAAAGAGUUCCGUGUAUUUUGCCUUUGGAGGUAGUGAUUGAAAAGCCCUUGCAGCUUCACCGAGUUGAUAUUGAAAUACAGGAUAUCAAUGAUAAUUCUCCCAGCUUUCUCACCAAAGAAAAAGCAUUAAAGAUUGCAGAGUCAAUAAACCCAGGCGCAAGAUUUCCACUCGAAUGCGCACUGGAUCCCGAUGUCGCUGCGAACACUAUACGCUCAUACAGCAUUAACAAAAACGACCAUUUCAAAUUGAAUGUCAAAAAUCACAAAGAUGGUAGCAAAACUCCAGAACUGGUCAUUGAAAGGUCUCUCGACCGGGAGAAGCAACCUGUUCAUAAGCUUAUUCUCACCGCUGUAGAUGGGGGUGAUCCAGUGCGUUCAGGAACCUCUGAGGUUAGUAUCAUGGUACUUGAUAUUAAUGAUAACGCACCGCAGUUUGAGAGACAACUUUAUGAGGCUAAUGUUAACGAAAAUGCUGCACCUGGCACUCAGAUUUUACGAGUAAAAGCGACAGACCCGGACGAGGGAUUAAAUGGGGAGAUAGAGUAUGUAUUUGGAGAACAGACGCCAGACUCAGUGACUGCAUUGUUUGAUAUAGAUUCUUCGACAGGAGUGAUUGUAAUAAAAAGACAACUCAACUAUGAGCAGACGAGCUUAUAUAAAUUUGACAUAGUCGCUAAAGAUAAAGGCAACCCGGAGAUGGACGGACAUUGUGAUGUUGAAUUUAAAAUGAUUGACGUCAAUGACAACAUCCCAGAGAUAAUUGUGACGUCUCUAACGACACCCGUUCCAGAAGAUUCACCUAUCGGAACCGUGAUAGCUUUGAUAGGCGCCAAAGACUCCGACUCCGGGGACAAUGGGAAGGUGCGGUUAAGCGUGUCACCAAAGUCUCCGUUCAAGUUGAACCCGUCGGUAUCCAAGCAUUACACCCUGGUAACUAAUGCUCCUCUUGACCGCGAGCGUUACUCUCAGUAUAGUAUAGAUAUCAGUGCCAGUGAUUCAGGGAAACCCCCUUUAUCCAGCAAGAAAACAAUAAUUGUUGAUGUGUUCGAUGUGAAUGACAAUCCACCGCUAUUCUCUCAGCCCUCGUACACGGUGUACGUCAAAGAGAAUUACGCACCAGGGAAACUACUGUGUUCAGUCUUCGCCACGGACUCAGACCUGGGGGACAACGCAAAAACCUCCUUCUCCAUCUUAGACUCCAAAGUGCAGGACGUCUCUGUAUCCUCCUAUGUGUACAUGAACCCUGACAACGGCAGCAUCUACAGCAUGCACUCAUACGACUAUGAGAAACUAAAGGUGUUUCAGAUUCUGGUGCAGGCCAAGGAUCACGGCUCUCCCUCUCUGAGCAGCAACGUCACUGUCCACGUUUUUAUCCUGGACCAGAACGACAAUUCCCCUGCUGUUAUUUACCCCUCCGCUGCCCUGGGCUCGCUCUCUCACCAGAAGAUGCCCCGCUCCGCUAAAGCAGGCUACCUGGUUACUAAGGUAACGGCUGUGGACGCAGACUCGGGCCAUAACGCCUGGAUCUCAUAUAAACUGGUGGAGGCCACAGACGUGUCUCUGUUCAGUGUCAGUCUUUACACAGGGGAGGUGAGGACUAAACGCGCUGUGUCCGAGCAGGACGACUCCUCUCAGAGGCUGCUUAUAGAGAUACAGGAUGACGGGGAGCCGGUCCAGUCCACCACGGUCACACUGGCCAUACAGGUAGAGGACGGGCUCCAUGAACCCAUCUUGGAUCUCCGGCAGAAAACUCCAGAACCCAGUACGAAAAGCGGGAGAAUCACCCUGUAUUUGAUUCUCUCUCUGGCCUCGGUGUCCGUGCUAUCGCUGGUGACUUUUGUCAUCUUAGCAGUCAAGUGCGUUAGAAACAGCAGGAGCAGCGGUAGUUGCUGCAUGAGACGGGACGACUUGGACGGCUACAAGAACCCCAACAGAAACCUGCAGAUUCAGCUCAACACUGACGGGCCGAUUAAGUACGUGGAGGUCCUGGGAGGGGACAUGUUGUCUCAGAGUCAGUCCUUCAGGUCAUGUCUCUCUCCCAUGUCAGAGUUCAGUGAUUUCACCUUCGUUAAGCCCAGCAGCACCACCGACUUUAAGGAGAUGAUCAACGUCCUCGACGCGUCUUUACCCGACAGCGCCUGGACCUUUGAGAGCCAGCAGGUGAGAAGUGACGCAUGA